CAAUAUCAGGCAUGAAAUGUCUGGGUGUUGAAGUGUCUUAUUCCCACAAAUGGGCCGAGUUGAUUUUGGUACAAAAGUAAAGGAAAUAUUACAAAUGGCCAAUACAACAGGUAAUCUCACAUCUACGUUAGCUCCGACCAAGAAUGUAAGUGGAAUAAUCUCAUCAACUGCGGGCACAAACACCUCAAUAGUAACAACCGGUAUGGUUGUAAACAAUGUGACGGACAUACAGCCGUUGAUCUUUCUACAGACUAAAGCAGCACAGGGCAUUGCUGGAACAUUUGCGUUUGCUGCCAUAUUGAUUACUUGCCACCAGAUAUACCUUCACCUACGAUAUUACACGUGUCCAAACGAGCAGAGAUGGAUUAUUCGUAUUUUAUUUAUUGUACCAAUCUAUAGCUUCACAUCAUUUCUCAGCCUCAUGUUCUUCAGCAAUGACAAUUACUAUGUCUACUUUGACAGUGUUAGAGAUUGUUACGAAGCAUUUGUCAUUUAUAGACUUCAGUUGUGCUAUGAAUAUCUGAGGGGGUGAAAAGUUACCAUCAUGUCAGAAAUUAGAAGGUCAAGCUGGCUGUGGUGUACGUGCUGUCUCGCUGGAAGACAAUAUACUAUCGGGUUCCUCAGGUUCUGUAAACAGGCCACCCUACAGUUUUGUCUGAUUAAGCCAGUGAUGGCCCUCAUUACACUCAUACUACAGGCAUUUAACUUGUACAAGGAUGGAAACUUUGCACCAGCAAGUGGUUACCUGUACAUCACCAUCAUCUACAACAUCUCGGUCAGUCUGGCGCUGUAUGCACUAUUCCUGUUCUACCAUGCUACAAGGGACCUGCUCAGUGCGUACGAUCCCGUCUGGAAGUUUCUCACCGUCAAAUCUGUCAUCUUCUUGUCCUUCUGGCAAGGUGUACUGUUGGCUAUUCUUGAGCACGCUGGCGCUAUAAGCCCUAUCUACUCGAAGGACGGAUCAGAGACCGCAGGUAUAGGUACUGUCUCAGCCGGGUACCAGAAUCUCUUCAUCUGUUUCGAAAUGUUCUUUGCAUCCAUCGCCCUAAGAUUUGCAUUCCCUCACGCCGUGUACAGUUCAAGCCCCACCAACACAACCGGCAGGACGGUCUCCCUGCAAAGUAUAUCGAGCAGUUUGAAAGAAACGAUGAACCCGAGGGACAUGAUGCAAGAUGCCAUUCAUAAUUUCCAUCCCCAUUAUCAACAGUAUACUCAGCAAGGAAUGAAAGUCCCACACGAAGAGGAGCACAAUGACACUGGCUGGUCGUACGAUCAGUACCAGAACAGAAACGGUGCUCGUGAACACCAACAAAAUGGCCAUAUGCCGAACUCUGAAUCUUCUCAUAAAGAUAGUCGACAUUCUGGAGGAGCAGGUAAAGACCAUUCGACGGGAUCAGUUCAGCACCCACCUCCUCCUCAUAGUCAGGGAGGACCAAGGGGGGCAACUCCAAGUAGACGCUUUAAUGAGAAGACAACUCUGCUUAGUUCCGAUGACGAGUUUCAGUGAUGGAUCAGAACUUCAUAUGUAUGUAUAUUCAUUCACAGGAAAGCAAGAUUUGAGAAAACAAAAGACAAAAUGCUCGAAUGUGUGGUGGUAUAUUGUUUGAACAAAAAUCACGGAUGGGUGUAUUUGGGAAUAUAUGACUGGUAAUUGGGUUGUGCUGAUCUUGUAAUCACAUGACAUUAUUUUAAGCUGUAGAGAUCUGAAGGGGACCAGACAAUAUUACAGGAAUUAUUCCAGACAUUAUUUUUCCUCACAUUGAACUAUUAGUAAUUAAUUAUUCAGUAAAGCAGGGUUUAAUAUUACAGUGUUAAUUUUAAGCUGUAUUUGUUCAAGAGUCAGUGUAGAUUUAAAACAACAAAUCUGCAAUGUUUUUUUUAUAUAUAAUAAAAUGAACCUACCUACUGUGUAUAUAAUGAAACUUAAGUAUUUUUUUUUCCGAAAAUAAUAUUUCAUGUUUAUUUGAUAAGCCAAAAUUACUUUUUUAGAUAAUUCAACUAAUUUCCUUGAAUAGUACAUUGUACAGUGUAUAUGAAUAUUUAACAUAGUGCAAUUCUCAGUUGCUGUAAAUAUUUAAUGCUUUCAGAUAAGUUGAAAAAAGUUGAUUCUUUUUUCCUUUUUUUUUUUAUAACAUUUACAUGUAUAUUGGCUGUUUUUGACUCAUCACUAUUUACAUUUUAACUGUCUUUAUAAUGAUAAAUGUUGAUAUUUAGUUGUAGUUUUUAAUCCCCCCAAAAAAAACUAAAAAAAAGAAACUUUUUGAUAAAAUAUUUUGUUUUAUACAUAUUCUCAAAUAAGCACAUGUACAGUCACAGGUUUAAACCCUGACCAUGCUAAAUAUCUUAAAUGGACUUUUCCAUCUUUCAAUAUGGACUUAACUAUUUAUCAUUUUUAGGGGAAUUUUCAAAAUAUAAACUGACUGUGCUAGCCAUGAUCAGAUGGCAUGGAUAUGCCCUGGCUGAUCUUGGCCUGUACUGGCCACAUGAGUAGAAACAGUUGCCGCUAGCAGGCAAAGUGUGUGGAGCCAAGGGGUCAGCAGCCAAAAAAAAAAAAAUAUGAAAAAAAAAAAUUGGUUGUUUGCUUUAUUUGCAUGACUGUAAUUGAAAAGAUAAGUUUGUGAUUCAAUGUUGGUUUAAUAUAACAAGAUGUUUUUUGUUCAGUAUGAGUAAAUUUCAUUUUGUGUUGAUGAAAGUGUCAAGUUGUAGUUUAAGUUUCAGAUUGUUAUAUUGUAAAAUAAGACCAUACUGUGACAGAUUUCUGUUAUAGAAUGAGAUCAUGAUAUAAUAACUUGAAAUUCUGUUUUAAAAUGAAAUCAUAUUGUAACACAUUGAUGAUUGGGUUACUGCUUAAAUGUGAGAUCAUAAUUUAAUAACUGGAGAUCCUGAUUUAAAAUGAGAUCAUGUUCAAGCAAAGACAGAUCUUUAUAUGAGAUUACAAUGGAUAAAAUUGAAAUAAUGAUUUAUUGUACCAAGAACCUAGUGACUUUUUAAGGAAGAUUUUGGGAUUGUUCAUUCAAAAAAAUUAUCAACUGGAUUAGCAAUACCAAAAUACUUUGUUUUUGAAUGCAAACUUUCUUUUCUCAUUCCUAGGGCAAAUAUCUUACUUUUCUACAUCCUGAAUUUUAAAAAAAUCAAGGUCACGUUAUUUCAUUUAUGAAUAAAUCAUAGAUAUAAAUCUUUCUUUGUCUUAAUGAAUGCAGAAAACUCGAGCAUUGUCUUUAUGAAUAUAAAGUUAUUGUGUGUUCUUUAUGAAUAUACUGUUUUAUAGUGUUUUUCUUUGUGAAUAUUUCUCAUGUGCUCACAUUCAUGAUUCUUUAUUAAAUUGGUAAAAAAUGUCAUUCCAAUAUGUUUUGCUUACAUGAUAUAUAAAUAGAAAUGAUAUGUAAGUAGAAAUGGGGUAAAUUUUAUCGUAGAAAUUGACUUAAUAUUUUCAGCUAAAUUAGUAUAUAGUCUUGUUCAUUUUUUAACAGUUUCAUCAUAGAGGUAUUAUUAUUCGUGUAAGAAUGAAUUUUGGUUUAAUUAGAGAUUAGGAAAUAAUUUGGUGUAAAAGUGCUUUUGUAUUAUAUAUUAUAUACAUGUAAUGUACAGUCCACCAUCAUUUGCUUUGACCAUUGCAAGCUUGUUACAUUUUCAACUUGAGUCAAAAUAAAUUCUCAAAAAACAUCAUGUUUGACAUAAUAUGACAUAAAAGUAGCGUUUUUUUGUAAACCAGGUGAAAAGUUAAUAAAUUGAAAUGAAAUUUUUGUCAAACAACUUUAGUAAUGAUCAAUUUUGAAAACAAAAGUAGCACAUAAAAUUUGUACAAAUUUUUCUCCCCAAUAUUUCUUUUUCGGGAGUAUAUAGUUGCCAGAAUGUCCUUUCUCACUGUUUCACAGUGUUGGAGCAGUAUUUCUAAACACUGGCAGAAAUCAUGAUCACAAAGUAGAAAAAUAUCACUUAUCACUUAUCAAUUUUUUUCGGCGAUUUUUAAUUUUCAUUCAGUUUCUUACAUAGAUCGAUGUGAAGAUUAAUUAGAUGUCUUAGAGUGUAUUUCGGCAGCUUAAAAGGCGAGAUGUUAGCAUUUAAUCAUUCAUGGGCCUUAUUUGGUAUAUACCGGAAUAUGGUGUCUACUUGUAGUGUGGUGCUUCAACACUGUUUUAAGUCUCACUCAUAGAUUUGCCUGAUUUUCUAAGUAGUAUGGUCAAGUAUUUGACUUUAUCAAAGCACCAUGGAGCGUCAAGCACUUUAAAUGACAUUCUUGUUGAAAUAAUGUCAUAGUAUUAAACAUAGGAAGUUUUGAAAUAUUGACAUUUUGAAGAAAAUUUUAAUAAAAAUUAGGAUAAGUGAGGGAUAAAAAAUAUGUUUUCCAAUGUUAAUAAUUUUUCUAGUAUUGAGAUAAAUUGUUUAAAUUGCACUUUUGUUGUAUAUGUAGGGGGUGGGGGGAGGCAUUUCUUUUUUGUUUUUGUUUUUCUUAAAACAACAACAAAACUUUUGAAUAUUAUUAAAGAAAGUUACAUUAUGUUGACAAUUAUGAGCUAGAUAUAUAGCUACAUGUAUUUACUUUGUUGAUAAAUUGAUUUUUUAUAUGUAUUUAUGAUAGUUUUUAUCUGUGUAAAGUUAAAACCUGAUGUUUUAUUUUGUAUAUGAAGAAUUUGUGAUAGUUUCAUUUUUCCCCACCCUUUCUCCCACUUAGAAUAGUGUUAUUUAUUGAUGUCUUAAUUCUUGAACCAAAUGUUUAUCGUAAUUAUAUACAUGUAUAUAUAUAUUUUUGUUAGCAUUUUAAAACAAACACAGUGUACAUAUCAUGGUUGGUCAGUCAUCAUUUUGUGAACAAAAGAGAAAAGAGAAUUAUGUGUGGUCUUCAUUAAAGAAUAAAAAAGAUUUUUAUGUUUUAAGUUUUAUCACUUUCGCUGUUCAUAUAUCAUUUUCAGAAGAGGUUACUUUCAGUUAGUCUGUUGUAAGUUAAGUUAAAGCAACUCUCCCACACACUGUGGUUUGAGUGUUUUCAUCAAAAGAUAAAAUAACACCGUAGAUUUAUACAUCUACAUGUAACUGAAUGAUUGAUACAGGUCUUGCUCUGAGAAAUAUCAACUUAUGCAAGAUUUUGUUUUGUUUUAAACUGCCAUAAUUGAAAACUGUUCCAACAUUUUAUUUUGUAAAUAUUGAAUUAUCAUACAAGCAGCAGUGUUUACAUCUGUCUCAAGUGAAGCAUAACAAUAUCACACAAAUAUCAUGAAGACUGUAAACUUUUAUCUACAUGCAUAUCUUGUUAACAUUACCUGAUACAGUGUUGUUUAGGGGCCAGACAGUUUUAGCUUCUUAUUUCAGUAGGAAGAGCAUUGGAUUUGUAAUCCUUAGGUCACAGGUUCAAUCCUUGCACAAGGCAAAAUUUCUCUGUGACAAUAAAUCUUGAACAUUGAGUCCACAUGUCUCUCAUUUCUGAUUCAGAAAUCAUGUAGGAAUAGUACCUGGUCACUUGCAGAAAUAUUGGUAAUUACUGGAUAGUUUUUUUCCAGGAAAGCCAGUUAGAUCGUAUUGUUGGACUGCCAAUAUAUGACCAAAACUGUGUCAAAAUUAGCACAAAAACCAAACCAAACAACAACAAAAAAAAACUAGCCUGUCCCCGCUGAAAUAUCAAACAACUGUGUGUGGGUCAGUACCUUUAAAAGAAUAAACCAUGAGUAAAGUAUGACAUGUUUAAAGAGUUUUGGUAGAUAGAAAUAAGCUUGUUUUUAUCUUUUAUCUUCUUUGUCUUCUGUAAUUGUAGUCUUUUAUCAUAACUUGUGCUGGGGUACUUAAGAUUUUAGUAGAGAAUUUUUUAAAAUUAUUCAUGCUAAAGCUUCCCCCCCCCCUCAAGAAAUGGGUGUCUAAGGGGAGGGGAGUUUAUUGUUAUGCUACAUCAUUCAAUCAGUGCCGUUGACAUCAUUUCUCUCUAACUGCUUGUGGGCAUAGAAUAAAACUCACAAGUGAGGUUGUACAGAUUGUAUUUCAGCUGUGGUUCAAGGAUUUUUCAUGGUUCUUGCUCUGUAUUUUAUCGUAUUAUUGUCAAAGUUGUUCUCUACACAAUUUGCUUCUCACUAAAUAGAAAAUUCAUUUGUCUCAAAAAUCAGUUAGUUGGUCUCCACCAAACUAGGUAUUAGUUAAGAUUGGAUUGUAUUUUUUCUCAAUUUCCUCACAUAAAUGCAAAUCUUUUAAGUUAAACAUGCUUUUUUAAAAUACGCUUGUUUAGAUUGCAUCAGUCAUUUUCAAUGAGUUUAAGACAGAAAUUGCAAAUAAAGUAUUUCAAGUUAUUUUGCAUGCUUGCUUAUAGAUAUAUUCACAAAUAUCUCAGUACUUGGAAAGGAAAUGUCAUGAAAAUUAUCUAGAAUGGUAAAUUUAUGUCUUAAGUUAUACAACAUUUCAAUAGGUAUUAAGUUUAAUUUUACCAAAUUUAAAUGUAUACAUAUCUACAUUGUAUGUAUAAAUACGUUUUUGAGUCGUAAAUUUUCAUUUGCAUGUAAUAUUAAGACAGCAAAAAAUUAAUGUAUAUACAGUAUAUAUUAAUAAAAACUAAUAUUUAUUGUAUGUCUUUUAGAUAAAAGUUUGAAUUUCUAUGGAUGUUCAUAAAAAUAAAGAUACAAAAAGAAAUAAAAAAGAAGAAAAAAAAUGGCAUUGGUUUGUGCGUGUUUGAAAUUUCAGUAUAAUUGUUUGUAGAUAUUGGUUAUAUAACUAUCUUGUGUUAUUUAUAUUGCACAAUAUAUGAAGAUUUAAUGGGAACUUCUCCCAUUUCUAGCUACAGUAAAUGAUGAAUAAUUUCCAAUUAUCUUCUCAGUUGCUAAAUAUACAACUUUAUUAACUGUAAGUGUACGGUGAUUAAUGUACCACUAAGCCUGCUGCAGUAUAGAGCCAGGCCAGCCUGCACAUCCGUGCAGUCUGACCAGGCUCUAUACUGUUGGUAGCUUAAUAUUUGUGUUUUGAUAUUCAAAUCCCUUAAUUUUCAAAUGGACUGUUCCAAAUCAAAAAAUUGGGCAAUUCCAUUACACAAAUUCAGCAGGUUAAGGGUCUGAUAUAAGAGUUGUGUAAAUAAAAGAAAAAAGAAAAAACACAUAAAAAUAUCCCACCUCAGUAUCGAAAAUAAUGUGUUCUUUAUUAUCUCAUUUGUUUCUUAUCUCAUAUUUGUUUUUGUUGUUGUUGUUUAUUUAUUUUCUUAACAUACAUUGUAUGGUGAUAAUCUAGUCCUUAGAUGUAUGUACACGUGUUGUAAGAACUCAUAAUUGUUUUGUUAGGACUUAACAUGUGUUGUUAGAGCUUUACACAUACUGAUGAAACUAAAUAUGUUGUUAGAAUUCUACAUAUGUUGUUAAUGUUAAAAUUCUACACAUGUUUUAAGAAGUCUACACAUGUUUGAAGUCUACAUGUUCUGUUAGAACUCUACAUGUGUUGUAAGAACUGAAUCCUACACAUGUUGUUUACUAAAUAGAAGCAUUGGCUGGUUCUGUUUUAAUAUGAUUAAAAAUAAAUAUUAUUUGCCAAAUGUACAAGUGAAAAAGAAAACAUAUCUGAACUUCUCAUGAACCUUUUUAACAUGUAUGCUGUUUAGGACAGAACAUUCUCAGAUGUUUCUCCUGCAAGUUGUUCACAUCAAUUAUCUAGGUCCCAUUUUAGAGUUUGCCACUUAAAAAAAGUGUAAACAGGUAAUAACUAGUAUACCGUUUACAAGAAAUUUCUAGAUAAUCAGAAAUUACAUUUUGUUCAGACAAACCAUUCUGGCACUUGUUUUCUGUUUUGUUGAUGGUUGUGCCCCACAAAUAGUAAUGAUUUUGCUGUAUAUCACUUUUACAAUACUAAAUUUACAAGAUUUAAUAGUAAAAAUGAAAUCCUUUACUUUUCAAGCUUUUAGGAAAUAUUUUUCUUUCUUUUGUCUUUGACUACAAACUGAAGAUAUCUACACAUUCCUGUCAGGCAAACAAUUACUUAAACAUUUGAUGAAUGGGGAUGUUGAAACUGUAUUAUCCAAAUAUCUGCCAAGAAAAUUAUAAGGAAAUAAUACUUUAAGGGGGUACUAUGUCUUAAGUAUGAAAUAUAACUUCUUCAUUGUACAAAAAAAUAGCAUAGUAAGUCAAUGAACACUUGCCAUGCAUUUCCAGAUUUUUAUUUAGCUUGAUAUUUUUUAUUUCACUGCUAUGCUACAAAACACUGCCAUGGAAUUAUAAUUCAACUUCACUUUGCUUAAUGGGAAACUGGAGACCUGGCAAAUAUCAAUUUAAAACUGAAAAUUUUGCCAUUCCUAAUGGAUUACAAAAAUACAGUAUAAAAAUUUCAAUUGUUUUAACAUUUUGCAAAUGAAAUAAGAGACGGUGAUGUUUCCAUUGAAUAAUUUUUACAAAUGUUAGAGAUACAUAGCAAAUUAUGUAUGUGGCUUAAAUGCAAUGCAGCGGAACUUUUUUUCAGCAAGUACUCAAUAAAAUGUACCCAAGGUGCAGUGUAGCCAAGUGGUUAACAUGUUGGACUUAUUAUUUAAGAAUUGCUGGCCAUUUGGGUUCAAACCACAUCAGGGGCAAGCCAUUGUUAAGUUAGCAAGAAACUUAACUCACUGCUUAGUACUAAUUGGUUCCAGGAAGUAUUUAAGAGUGUUUGAAUAAGCUUGUAGCUACCAACACAACCAAACUAAUAUAAAUUUGUGUAACUUUAAUGUAACCUAUCGUCUAUAAAAUAUUACAUUUGUACACAUACAUGCUUUAUAGGUUUGUGAUGUCAUCAAUUGACGUUUCCUUAAUGAUUUAGUUUUUGAUUAGCCAAUCCACACCUUUUAGUUGCCUAUCAUUCAAACAGGUGAUGGUUCCCUGGUUGAUGUGUGUAUGAUGUACUCAUUUUAAUUCUAGUAUAAAGUGAUUAUUACUUGAAAAAAAUAAAAAUUUGAUUAGGUGGCAUAUUUAAUCAUAUGCGCUACUAAGUGUAAUUGAAUAUCUUCCAAUAAGCAUAUAAAUGCCACAAAUAAAAUAAAGUCAAGAAAGAAUAUGUUAUUAUUGAGCAGAUUUUUCAUAAAACUUUAAAUAAAUUAAGAGGAGAACAGAGUGGGUAUUAUUUAUUUACAUGUAUUUGAUAAUAUUGAUUCCAUGGCAAAAAGGAACUUGUAAACAAAUGGCAUGAAUCACAACUUUAAAAGCCAAUAUCAGGACAAGAAGAUAAUGAUCUUUAUUUCUUGAGCUUGAUUUUUAAUGUAAACACAUUACUUUUUGCUGCUAUUUCUAGUAAAGUAGUUGUUAUGGCAACAAGUCAUCAGAAAUAAAGAUGGGUAUAAUGAGUUUCUUCAAUGACUUAAAAUUAGUGCUAAAAUAGUGCUUUUAUCAUGAAUAAAAAAGAAAAUUGACAAGUAUUUGCAUAUUAUUAUGUACACAUUUAAAAAAAACUUAGAUGUUAUUUGGGACUUUUAUAGCUGUUAUUUGGGAUUUUUAUAGCUUGGCAGUAUACAUGUUUGUUAUGUAUUAUUAAGAUGACUUAUAUCCAAUAAGAAUUCAGAAUUAUUGUACAGGCAUGUUUACAAUUUUAAUACUGAUACAUAUGAAAAUAAGUCACAAUAAAUUGAUAGUGUGAGUUUGUGUCAAUUGUUUUAUAUUUGUGUAAUUGUUGUAUGUAUAUACAUGUGCCAAUGGUUCAUUAUCAUGUUAAUUGUGAAUAAAAAUUAUUUCUUGUA